AGGAGGAAAAAGGCAGAGAGAGAGAGCCCAGCCCUUCUUGAAAUACACGGCAACAACACGCUGACAAGGGAGGCGCGCGCACACCCGUACCGACCGAGGCUGGGCUGCCGUUAUUUUUUUUAAAUUUUUGUUGGGUGCAAAAAGAGGGGCGCCUUUUCGACGCUGCGGAUAACAUGAACUGAACCGAAGAGGCAGGGAUCCCGCUCCCGUAUCCCGAAUAUUCACUGUCAAGGUGGAAACCUGACCGCCCUCCUUUCCCAUAAACCCCCUUCUAUUCUCCCUUUGCCCACAUAGGAGUACACCCCCCUCCCCCACCCCACCCCCGCACACACACACACAGACACACACACACACCCACAAAAAAGCCCCCCUUCCCCGCUGGACUGCUCCACCCCUCCGGUCACCGAGAUGCACACGGAGACCCGUAAUAAAAAAUGCCAGUCCACCCCUAAGCAGAGGAGGAGCGGCGCCCACAAGAAGCAGAGGACACCGGCCACCAAGCAGACCGCCUUGACGCAGCAGCCGCCGCCCUCGCCGGCGCGGGAGGAAGAGGAGAGAGAGGAGAACGCGGAGCCCACGGCCGGGCCUCGGGCGGGGGAGGAGGAAGGCGGAAGCGAGGCAGAAAGAGGAGAAGAAGAAAAAGAGGAGGUGGAGGAGGCGGGGACAGACAUGCCUUCGGUUCAGAUCAAAUCAGAGCCAGAGGAGAUGGAGUGCACGGCCAACAUUGGUGACGAGCGCUCCUACCCCAAAGUAAAGACAGAGUUUCCAUCCAUUAAGGCCGAGGCGUCCUCACCGCAGCCCUGCACAGCCGAAGACCAGACCGAGCCUGUGGACUUGUCUCUCAACAAGCCGCGCUCCUCUUCUGUGGCCACGUCCACGACUAACACCACCGUCAACCCUGCGCCAGGCAGCGCCGUGACACUGCCUAGCCUAUCUGCGACGCCUGUCACCUCGGCGGUACAGUCCAUAGGCUCUAUGGUUCUGUCCCCGGGGUCCAUUUUGGCCACGCAAGGCGCUGGCGGACAGCAGAUCCUACACGUCAUCCACACCAUCCCGUCAGUGAGCAUGCCCAGCAAAGUGGGCCAGUUGCAGACCAUCCCCGUGGUGGUGCAGUCCCUACCGGUGGUAUACACCACCAUGGCAACCGAUGGGGUGGCAACCGCUGCCAUCACGGUGCCCCUUAUAGGAAGUGAUGGACGGUCAGAAGGCACAGUUCGUAUUAAGCCGGGCUCGACGUCUCCGGUGGAAUAUCAGAGCGAAAGCGACGCAGAGAGCGGUACGGAGUCCGGAUCGGCCUCCCUCAGCGCCCAGAGCCUGGACACAGGGUCAGUAAUGGACUUAGAACCGGUAGACCCCGACUCUCCGGACAUCAAGCGGAGACGGAUCCACAUGUGUGACUAUGCAGGCUGUAAAAAAGUUUACACCAAGAGUUCUCACCUCAAAGCUCACCGGAGGAUACACACAGGCGAGAAGCCCUACCACUGCACCUGGGAGGGCUGCACGUGGCGCUUCGCCCGCUCCGACGAGCUGACCCGGCACUUCCGCAAGCACACGGGAAUCAAACCUUUCCGUUGCACCGAGUGCGACCGCUCCUUCUCGCGCUCCGACCACCUCUCUCUGCACCGCCGCCGUCACGUCAUGAUGUGAAUCUUCAUCACGCCCCUCCCCGUACCUGACCUCCCAGAAAAACAUUGUGAUGUCCCAAAAAAAAAAAAGACCCUCACAGCACAUCUUGCACCAGAGGCUCCGCUCUCUUUAUUUUUGGAAUUUGCAACAUCAUCGGGAAACCUUGCAAGAAUCCAAAACGCGUCACUGUGAGAGGAGGUUUCCGGAAUGAUGAUCCAUCUAUCCGUCCUUCCAUCUUUUUACGUCACAAUUCACCUCAGCUGAGCAUUUUUUUCCCCCCCGCAAAUCGGAAAUUACGCUUUUGCAACUUCUACAAAAAAUGGACGUCCCGAUGCUGCAGCUGAGGAUAUUUAUUUUGACGUACUCAUAACAUAGAAAAAAGUGGACGUCCCCUUCCAUUCCGGUGCAGGGCGGUAAACGAGACUGUGAACUUUUCUUCAGUCACGUUAUUUUGCAUCGUUUUCUUCCGCACAUACGACUUUUCUUCUUCUUCUCCUUUGAUGAAAAAACAACAACAAUGUUUUAUGUGUUAUAUUGUUGCCUUCACUUCUGUCAUUUCUGGCGCUUUUGUUGUUGUUUUGAACUAAUUCCCAUCUUUGGUCGUCUUUAAAAAAAAAACAAAGGCUGUGAAGAAAAAAACAACAACUAGUCAAGGGGUUACACAAUUUCUCUUGCAGGGAGUCCGGGAGUUUUUCCGAGUGUGCGUGUUUUUUGUUUUGUUUUUACGUUUGGGUGUGCAUGUUUUAGAUGAACACAUAAAUCAGAAUUUACGUUGUCUACGAGUGAGUGUUCCGGGCUUUUUGACGUCUUUCGCCCGUUGAGCCUUAAUCACCGAAGUCAAUCUAUAUAUAUUAAAAAAAAAGGGCAAAACUUAGAACCACUGACAGCGCAUGUUAUGUUUCUCGCAAAAACCCGAACUUUGCAUUGUUAGUGACGCAAAAAGCUAACAUCUUCAAUUGCCAAUGAACAGCGACUAUUCCUACUAUUAGCGUUCCAUCACUUUUAUAGUUUUGUUAGUUGGGGUUGCCUCUUGUGGUUCAAAUUGGUACAACAAGCAUAGUCAUACCUUUUGACUUUACUUAUUUUUCAACUAAAUUCCUGCAGUUGUAAAAUAAGCAAGUCACGGGAUGGCAAAGCAAUGGAAAAUGCUAACAUCAUUAGCUCCAAAAAAGAUUUGUACGAUAAAAAACGGGAUAGUAUUACUGUUAUCAUUUAGUUAGUGAGCAAGCACAAGCCCAGAGCUCACAAUAGCUGAAUCCCGUGAACGGUUUGUACCAACUUUUAGGCAUUACCUUAAAUAAUUAGCAAUUUGAUAAAGUCGGGUUACUGUCAGUGGUUCUGGGAGACACCAGGCGCUGUGUCGGGCUGCCAGGGUGUAAACAAAAAGGGGAAACUAAGCUCUCUCCUAGCUAGCAUUUCUACCAGGGAGAGAGAGGUCUGUUCUCUUUCGUUGUUCGCCUUAAAAAUCUCAAGCUAGCUGUGACGUUUAGGCAAAGCAGCGUCCGAACAGGCUGCCGAUCGGGGCUUUACUUGAUUAUGCAACGUUACCGCACAAUAGUUGUCUUAGCGCGUUAUUAUAGACAAUAGAUAUGCAGCUCCGGUAAAGUAAAUCUGAAUAAAAUACCCUUAAAAGGAAGAUUGGGAUAUUGUCUAAUGCUGCAUUCGGGACAAUUGGGAAGUCUGGGAUUGAUCCCGCUUGAAGAACACAAACGACAAAUCGUCUCGCGGAUUUCGAAGCAGAACAUAAUGCGAUUAAAGUUGCUAACUAGCAUGAAUAUUAAAUACUGAUAAAUAUGUUAAACCAUGAAUGCUGCCAAAGUGCUGCAAACGAAAAAACAUAAGCGAUUCAUUAUUUGCAUCACGUUAAGAAGGUAUAACGAGAUAUCCUCAAGCUAAUUUCGAAAACAGAACAUUUUGCCAAGAACAUCGAUAUGUAGCAUAACACAAGUAAAUGUCAUUUAUAAAUAUUUUGUGAAGUUUAAACAAAAAACUAAAUCUGGGCACUUAAACGGAAAACAAUGUUGAUUAGCAUGUUGUUGAUUAUUGGCGAUACAUACUUCAGCAGCAUAGCAACACAUCUUCAGCUAAUUACGAUACAAAACAGACUUCUACAAAUGUCGUAAUCCAACAUCUUUGGUGCCAAUAUUGUAUGAAAUAUAAAGUCGGGUUCUGUCACGUUUUCCUAGCCUUCUGCAAAUAACAUUUUUCGAAUUCACAGUUUUCUUGGGUGCAGCUUUAGACAAUGUUAUUGAUUACAAAAUAAAAAGGUUGUAAUGACGCCUGGGAUUUAACUUACAAUCAAGACAAAACAAACUUACCUUACUCCUGACAUUUGUGUUUGUGACAAACAACAACGCCAAAAUGUUUUUUCGGCUGCGUUUACCAUCAUUCUUGCCCAUUUUUAAUCGCAAAAACAAAAUUGUACGCCUCUUAGCGACUCUCCGAACCAGUUAAAAAUGACCAGAUCUUUUUUUAAAUUUUUUUUUAUAUAUAUAUAGUUGUUUUCGUGGCUAGUUUCUCUUAGCAACCCUUUUUGGCUUUGAUGAACAAGGACAGAACCGAAAAAAAAGCACAUCUUUCUAGAAGCGUAUAUGCAUUUGGUGUUUCUUUUUUAAACUGUUUAUAAAGACAUGAAAGGACAAUGACAAUAAAUAUUAAAGAGAUAGAAAAAAAAUGAAAUCCAUGUACAUAAAUGUAUAUAAUCAAAAAGUGCAAAAAGAGUACAUGUAACGGGUGAAGUUCUAUUUUUAACACUGACUAGAUAAUGUGAACAAAAUUAUUUCCCCCCUUCUUCCACCUCUUCUUUGUUGGUUUCAUCAUGUCUUCUUUUUACAGCUUUGUAGUUUCUUACAAAAAAUAAUAAUAAUACUCCCACUUGUGUUGUGCAUACUUGUGUUGCAUGGAGAGUAGCCCUUGCUUUUUUUUUUUUUUUUUUUUUACAAAAGUAACGUUGGUGAGCAUGUCUGUGUGCGCGAGACAUUCGAGUUGCCCUCAAAGACAUGAAGAAGAAAAAAAAAGGUAAAAGUUUAAAAUUCAGCACAAAACCUUUAAGAUAUCACCUAAAAAUAGCAUGUUAGCUCCAGGCUAGCUUAAGGCUAGGCAUUUUUUGUACCAUUUUGGGUAACGAUGUAAUGUCAACUUCACAUUUUUACAACACCUAGGCGACAAGAAGAAGUAAAAAAUGAAGAUAAAUGUAGUUUAUAAAAUACUUUGAUGUUUUAGCUAAAGACAAUUUCAACAAAUACAAUGGCUAGCGAUUUUUGACCAUCGCAUUGGCAAUACAUUAAACUCAUACGGAAUUGUGUCACUUUUUCUUGAAUGAUUACACGCAAAAAAACAUAUAACACGUACAUUUUGAAAAAGAACAGAUUGUGAUACGUGACGAGUCGACAGGCUAAAAAAAAAGUCAUAUCUUUGUGGUAGUUUCGACGCGAAACAGGUCGCAAUGAAUGUCGACAUCCAGCAUAAACAAUAAUUAUACAUCUAACAGUUUUUUUACAUUGUCACUUUUGGCGUCGCUAUCAUCCGCAGGAUUUUAAAAAUCCUGCCUAAAAAUUAUUCAAUAAUGCGACGUGCUAAAAUUUUAGCAUGCCAGCAUACGACUAAAAAUGGCCGCCCAUUAUUUACCCAUUGAAUGCUAGCAAAACAGCUAGCAUUCAAGUGAUGCAAACCAGAAGCUAGUUUAGCCACAAGUGCUCGCCUAGCUGUUCAUUUAUUGGUCCAUCGCAUCGAAAAAGCACAUAAUGAUAAUAAUAAUGUUCACAUUAUAUAUUUUUUUCAAGCCAACGUCACAAGAUGGAAGCUUAUUUUUCCUACCCACUGUUGUUUUUUUUGGUGCAUUUUUUUCCCACAAGCUUGUUGACCUCUAACUUAUUUUGUAUUUUUAAAAAAAAAAAGAAAAAAAAAGAAAUGUAAUGUCUCUGUGUAUGAGUGCCUCGACCUGCCACCAAUCACAACUACUAGUUUUCUAUUGAAUGCAGUAACUCUCGGGCCAGUACUAUAUUAUAUUUACUCAGUGCAAUGCAGUUAUUAUCAUGGUUAAAUAAUACAAUUCAGAAUAUUUUAUUUCCUCCUCUUUUUUUUUUUUUUUGCAUUUGUACAGAACAGAAAUGUGUAAAGAUCAGCGAGGAAAAACUAACUUUUUGAUACUGUGACUCAUGGUGUUUAAAAGUCUAAAAAAAAGUUUGUUUCCCCCCUUACUGUAUUGUUGUGAUUAUUCCUCCCAUCCCUUCCUACCUUUUUUUUUUUUUUUAGAAUAAAAAAUGUUUUCAGUGCAAUUUAA